UGAGUAGAGAAGACACAACUUAAAAAAAAAAAAAAAAGACAUGGAUCAAAAUCGCCAGCAGAGAGGACUCCCUCCAAAUGCCGUCCCAGUUGGGGCCUUCAGGCAAGGGAAUGUUCCCACCAUGGAGCGAGGAAUCAUCAGUGGAGACAACAUCCAGUUUGGAAGAAUACGACGUCGCUCCCGUUUGUCCCAAUCGGAGAGCUCCGGGGCUGAAGAAGAGCGCCUGGGCUCCUCCGUGGAGGCCGGCGGCUCGUACGGUCAAAGCCCGUCCCUUCAGGGCAUGCAGGCAGAGGCGGUGUGGUACAAUCGCAGCGCCUACGAGCAGGCUGAGAGCAACUACCAGCGGCGGCUCGCCUCUAAUGGCAACGGACCGUUGUCGGCCUCUCCGAGGAGUCCAAACGCCAGGGGAUCCUUGACCUUCCACACCAGGCGCACCCAAGGUCAGCGGCAGGAGGGAGGACAUGCCGUCCCCACGGUGAAGGCCUCUGGGACUCCUCACCGUCAGUUCAGCGGUGGACGCAGUCGGUCCUCCUCUGAGACCGAGCAGGGGGGUAAACGCAGCAGGGGGCCACAACCAAGGAAGAGAGGCCUCUCUGAGACGGAAGGCAGGCCCAAAAGGGACAAAACCAACAUGAGUGGACUGCAGUGCCUCGCCACAGAGAACAUCUGGUUCGACAAACAGCGCUACGAUGAGGCGGAGAAGCGCUUCUACGAGGGAGUUAAUGGCCCUGCCACUCAGCAGCAACAGGUGAAAACGGCCCAGCAUCAGGCCAAAGGGCGUCAGCAGAAACGGCAGCACAGAAACUCAUCCUCACAUGGAGGAGGAGACCAAGAGCUGGUUUCACGCAUGAAGAGCCUUGAGCUGGAGAACCACUCGCUGCACAAAGUGGUGGAGGACAUGAGGGCUGUCCUGCACAAACUGGAGUCCAGGGUAGCCGUGCUGGAGAAGUCCCCUGCAGCUGUCCCCUGUGCUAAGGCAGCUCCAGUCAAACAGGUGAAGGUGGAAAAUGGGGAUGACGACGACGACGAUGACAUAGACUUGUUUGGCAGCGACGAGGAAGAUGAGGAGGCAGAACGGCUGAAGCAGGAACGCCUGGAGGCCUACGCCGCCAAAAAAGCGAAGAAGCCCGCCAUCAUUGCCAAGUCAUCCAUUAUAUUGGACGUCAAGCCUUGGGAUGAUGAGACGGAUAUGGCGGAGCUUGAGAAGUGUGUGCGCACGGUGCAGAUGGAUGGGCUCCUGUGGGGAGCUUCAAAGCUGGUUCCAGUCGGCUACGGCAUCAAGAAGCUGCAGAUCAACUGUGUGGUCGAGGAUGACAAAGUCGGCACUGACAUCCUGGAGGAAGAGAUCACCAAGUUUGAGGACUACAUCCAGAGUGUAGAUGUUGCUGCCUUCAACAAGAUCUGAGCGAGACCUGCUCCGCCCAGACGUUGCUGCUGCCCCCAGCUUGUACGGUUAAUAAAUAAACUGAGCUUGAAGCAGAA